AUGACCCCCAAGCGUAGUGGUGAAGUGCUGCCUAGUGCUCCUAAGCGCAAGAAGGUUGUGAUGUGCCUUAUGGAGAAAAUACGUGUGUUAGAUAAACUUCGUUCAGGCAUGAGUUGUAGUGCUGUUGGCCGUGAGUUCAAUGUUAAUGAAUCAACAAUCCGGUACAUCAAGAAAAAGGAAAAGGAAAUUCGCCGAUCUGUACGUGAGGCUGCUCCGGAAAGUGCUAAAGUAACGUCUAUAGUGCGCGAGGAAGCAAUGGAAAAGAUGGAAAAGCGGCUAAAUUUAUGGAUUCAUGAGAUGACAACCGAUAAAAAAGGUGUGGUGGACAGCAUUGUCGUGAGGCUGAAAGCCAAAGAAAUUUAUGGUCAUGUUACCCAGGGCCAGAAAAAUGUUAAACCUUUCUCCGCUAGCGCUGGCUGGCUUGCACGUUUCAAAAAGCGGUAUGGUGUGAACAAUGUUAAACUUGCAGGUGAGGCAAGUUGUGCAGAUCAGGAGGCUGCAGAAGAGUUUAAAAAAUACUUGCUGAGUGUUAUACAGGAGAAAGGAUAUGUGGAAGAGCAGGUUUUCAAUGCUGAUGAGACUGGCUUAUUUUACAAGGACGUUGGCAAAAGAACCUAUAUAACGCAAAUGGCCUGCAAAGCCCCUGGCUUUAAAUCAUUCCAAGACUAUGCAACCUUGCUCUUGUGUACCAAUGCCAAGGGCGACUUCAAGUGCAAACCCCUAAUGGUGUACAGAGCCCAGAAUCCACCAGCACUGACAGGGAAAAGCGUGAACCAUAUGCCAGUCCAUUGGAGGUGGAGCAAAAAAGCGUGGAUGACAUCUGAUUGGUUCCAUAACUGCUUCAUACCGGAAGUUGAAUGCUAUCUCCAAGGCAGAAACCUUGCCUUCAAGGUUUUAUUAAUUUUGGAUAAUGCCCCAGUCCAUUACUGUGAAGAACUCAAAAAUGCCCACCCCAACGUAGAAGUUCUUUUCAUGCCCCCAAACACUACGUCUCUCAUCCAACCCCUGCAUCAGGGGAUAAUAAAAGCUUUCAAGGCACACUAUACCAGGGAGCUUUAUAGCAAGGCUUUUGAGGCUCUCAAGUCCAACACGGAGACUACCAUGUUGGACUAUUGGAAGUCAGUCACUCUUUGCAACGUUAUUGAUUAUGUUGGGACAGCCUGGGACAGCAUCAAACAAGCUACCAUCAAUAGCUGUUGGAAAAAUGUUUGGCCAGACUGUGUGCAAGAUUUUGAAGGCUUUGAAGGUGUUACAGAAAGUAUAAAGGACAGUGUCAAAAACAUAAUGCACAUUGCACGGCAAAUAAGUGGGGAAGGCUUUGAUGACAUGAAGGAGGAAGACGUGGAAGAAAUUCUGGCAGAAAAGGCAGUAGAACCCACCAACGAAGACCUGGAUGAGAUGGCAAAACAAGGCAUUGGAGUCAGCAAUGAUGAAGACGACCAUGAAAGCCAGCUUACAGCUUCAAGAAUUGACCCUCUUACAGUGACUAAAAUAUCAGAAUGGAAUUCUGCUUUGUUAAGAAUUUUCAAUGACAUGGAAGAGUGCGACCCUAUGCUCGAUCGCAGCCUCAAAUUUAAGCGCCUCACUUCCAUGGCAUUUGCCCCUUAUUCCAAGAUGCUUAAAGAUUUGAGGCAAAAAGCCAAGCAGAGGAGGCUGACCCAAUUUUUCAAGCCGGUUUGGGAGGGAAAGUUGCCGACUCCGUCAACGAGUCUUGAGAGGCAAACUCCUGAGGUUGAACUGCCAAAUGUGGACAUGCUGCCCUCUUCCUCUUCUUCAGAAUAA